ACUUAAACAGUUAAUUUCUGGAUACAUUAUCCAAAUACAUAUAUUUCAAAAAAGUGCAGAUGGUAAGGUAACAAAUGUAUGUAAUUUUCACUUUUUUUGACAUCUUUCAAUAACUUAUAUAACAUUUUUAGGAAAGGUGCCAAACGUGUACAGUUGAAAAUAACAAAAAGGGAUCGAUAUAAAGUUGAGAAGAAAUCAAGAAAGACAAGACGGAAAACACCCCUCAAAGCUUCAGUAGAACCUGUAAUAUUAAAUCAAGCACUGAAGUGUCCAGAAUGCUCAGAGUUGUUCAAUAACAAUGUGGAUUUCGCACUACACUCUGUAGCUCACAGUGUGAAUGAUCAGUACUCUUGUCACCUGUGUGACUUCAGGUUGAAAUCUAGAUACCGCUUUGAGAAACACGUAAGAGCACAUGAAGGUUCCAACAUGUACAAGUGUGAAAUUUGCAACAAACCUUUCAAAAUCGGCACCCAUGCUUUAGAACACAUUUAUUAUCACAGCGGGGAGAAACCGUUUCAGUGCGAGAUAUGCGGGAAGCAUUUCAUGUACAGCAGAUUGCUCAGUGCUCACAGACGCCUUUCACACUACUCAAUUCUCACAGGCAAACCUCUGGUAAAGUACGACUGCAAAAUUUGCGGCAAGCACUACGAAUCCUACCCGGGUUUGCAGCGACACAUGUACAGCAAACACAAUGAGGCAGGGAUCGACAAAUCCGUAAUGUGCGACGUGUGCGGCAAGAAAAUAAAGAAUAAGGAUAAACUGAAAUAUCAUUUACGAAUUCACUCCGGAGACAAGCCGUUUUCUUGUCUGAUUUGCCAGAGAAAGUUCGCGAAGAAGGAUCUGUUACAAGCGCAUAUGCCCGUGCAUACGGGGGAAAAGCCGUUUUCUUGUAAGUUUUGUGGAAAGUCCUUCGCUCACCGAGCUCCCUUAUGGUAUCAUCGGAAAACUCAUACAGGAGAGAGGCCGAAUGUUUGUCCAGUUUGUGGUAAAGGGUUCAUUUCGAAACCAGCUAUGGACAAUCAUGUCAAGACCUGCAAUAAGACAGAUAUAAUGACGCGAACGCGUCAUUCCACCGAUAUGAGGAAAUCCUCUAAAAAUGGUAAACUCCAAAAUAAUGGAAAACUGAAAAGACAAGCUGUUCCGCCUGUGAAGCUAGAAGUUCCCCUUCGAUGUACAUUUUGCAACGAAAUCUUCCGCAACAAUAUAGAUUUUGCCCUGCAUUCAAUAGAACAUAGUACAAAUGAGCGGUAUUCCUGUCACAUAUGCGACUACACCAAUAACUCUAAGUACCGGACUGAAGCCCAUGUUCGAGCCCAUGAGGGCUCUUCUAAAUACCGAUGUGAAAUUUGUAACAAGCCGUUCAAUAUCAGCACACACGCAAAGGAGCAUCAGUACUUCCAUACAGGAGAGAAGCCAUUUCAAUGCGAAAUAUGUGGCAAGCAUUUCAUGUUUUCGAGGAUUUUGACGAAGCACAGGAGAUCGGCUCACUACGAACUUAUUUUCGGGAAACCUUUAGCCAAAUAUGACUGCAAGGUAUGCAACAAGCAUUACGAGUCGCUCCCUGGUCUUCAACGCCACAUGUACAGUAACCACAAUGACACGGGAGAAGACUGGUCUGUCAUAUGCGACAUAUGCGGCAAAAAAAUAGCCACCAAGGAAAAACUGAAGUAUCACUUGCGAACACAUACUGGCGAUAGACCUUUUGCUUGUCUUUCAUGUCCGAAAAAAUUUCCAAAAAAGGAUCAACUCAAGGAACACGAAAGGGUACAUACUGGCGAAAAACCCUUUGUCUGCAUGUACUGUGGAAAAAAUUUUGGACACAGGGCACCGUAUAGGUAUCAUAUAAAGACGCAUACUGGGGAGAAACCUUAUAACUGUCCCAUUUGCGGAAAAGGAUUCAUUUCUAAGGCUGCCAAGGAAGGACAUGCAAUUACUUGUACAAAAAAAGAAGAGAGAUGGAGAAAUUCAGGGAUUCCGUCUACCAAAGUUGUCGAUAUUGUUGAAGACGUAAUCUUGGAUGAAAAUGAAUUUGAGUCCGAAAAUGAAUGGAUUCCCCAAGACGAAAAAGUGAAAAAGAAUAAAUUAAAAAGGGAAAAGCUUAAACAAGAACGAAGAGAGCUCAAAGAACAACUCAAAAAAGAGAAAAAACUGCGAGGAAAUAUAAAAAUAAAGAAGCCAAAGAAAGAUAAGAAGGAAAAAAAGAGUAAGAAGCAUAAGGAACUGAAAAGGGAAGAUCAUCCACCACCGAUGGAACUAGAUGAACCCAUAAUUUGUGACAUAUGCAAUGAAACCUACAAAAAUAAUGUUUCAUUCGCGCUGCAUUCCAUCUCCCACAGUGAUGAUAGAAAGUAUCAUUGUCAUCUUUGUACCUAUCGUAAUGCAUCUAAAUACCAUCUUGAGAUGCAUGUUAGGGCCCACGAGGGGGCCACAAAGUAUAAAUGUGAAAUUUGUAAUAAGGCUUUUACAGUCAGCACCCAUGCCAUUGAGCAUAAAUAUUUUCACACAGGUGAAAAACCAUUUCAAUGUGAAAUUUGUGGAAAGCACUUCAUGUUUUCUUGGUUUUUGGCAUCUCACCGCCGCACUUCCCACUAUGAAAUUUUGACGGGCAGUCCUCUCGUCAAAUUUGACUGCACUAUAUGCAACAAACAUUAUGCAUCUGCUUCUGGUUUGCGGAGACAUAAUCUCAAGAACCACAAUGAGGCAGGCAUUGAUUUAUCGGUGCUCUGUGACAUCUGUGGAAAGCAAUUGUCAAGCAGAGAGAAAUUGAAAUUUCACAAUCGCACCCAUACAGGGUAUAAACCUUAUGGAUGCCAGGUCUGUCCUAAACACUUUUCCAAGAAAGAGCAACUCAUCGAACACACUCGUGUACAUACUGGUGAGAAACCGUAUGUGUGUAAGUAUUGUGGCAAAGCAUUCACUCAAAGAACACCCUUGAGAAUUCACGAAAGAACUCAUACAGGGGAGAGACCGAAUAUCUGUCCAAUUUGUGGUAAAGGGUUUAUUUCUAAAACUGCCGUCGAGAGUCAUAUCAGAAGCUGUUUCAAUCAUCCCCAAAUUCUCCUACAAGAACCAAUUGUCUACCCUCCCUAUUAUUCUUCAAGCAGUACCCCUAUGACUCCUAUGACGCCUGCUUCUGAUAUUUCUGAAAUUGAGCAUAAAUUUUCUCUCUCUGAUGCUUUUUUGGACCCUAGGCAGCAUGUCAAUGUCAUUGGACAUGCCACACAAAUGUGAAAGUGAAAAUUUAUUGAAUUUUGUUUGAAAUUUUCUUCAAUUUUGGAAUUUUUCAUUUUUCAUGUACAUAAGUAUUACAAAUUUGUACUUUCAAGCUAAAAAUGGCCAUAUUUCAUAAUUAAAAUCAUCGUCAGGUAGGUAUUCUAUCAAUGCAUAAACUACCAACUUACAGAAUUUGGUUUUUUGAAAGAAAUCGUGUAGAUUUGGCCAUUACAAAACGGGUAAAAUGAUACAUUUGUAAGAAAUCUCAAAAAAAAAUUGAGAAAUCUCUCCGCAGAAGAAAAGUAUGUUAUAUUUUAUGUUAUAAAUAUUAUAUAAAAGUUCAUAGGGAAUUUAGAGAUUUCAUACAGGUUAUUUAAAAAAUAAUCAAUUGGUAUGGUGCAAUUCAGUUAGUAAAAA